UUCAACGGAGGGAGAGCUGAGAAGAAAAAUGGCGUCUAUAGGCGACCCAGAGCGGGACACCGGCCAUUCAGUUUGAGCUUUCCGCCCUGAAAUUGAGACCGGGGCUUGGUGGGGACAUAUCGGGAACCGUCACCAGAUCUGUUGGUUUUGUUCUCCCCCGCUUUUCUCCGGUGUGCACGGUUUAUUCCAGCACCGAGAUUGAAGCGGAACAGAAGAGACUCUCUCCUACAAUGAGGGGGAGAAGAGGAAGGCCGCCCAAACAAGCAGCCGUGAUGCGGGAAGGUUCGCCCGUGCCAGUCCGCGGCUCUCGGGGCGGCAGGAGUAGAGGGAUGCGUGGACGGGGAAGAGGCAGAGGACGGGGUCGGGGUCGGGGGGAAAGUGGCGGCGUUUGCGGCACUGGCUCUGCGGAGGUGGAUACAGAAAUCUCCGGCCGAGAGAACUUUCAUUCGUCCCGGGGCCGCAGGAAAGUUGGAGCCUCCACCACGGUGGCGGCCGCGGCAUCGCGGGGCAGAGGAGGCAGAGGGAGAGGCAGGGGGUCGAGAGGCAGCCGCGGCAGUAGAGGCGGAGUGAGGCGGCCUCAAACCAAGGUGGUGUACGACGACAACAGCGACGAGGAGGAUGAUAAUUUAAGCUACAGGUCAGACGAAGAUGAACUCCUGAACGACAACCCUUCGUCGGAUCUUGAAGAAGAGGAGGCCUUGGGUAACGACUCUGACUAUCUGGAGGAACUACCAGAUGAUGAUGAUGCCAGCUACUGUACCGAGAGUAGUUUAAGGAGCCACAGCACGCUCGGUAGCACCCCAGGCCGGAAAAGGAGUCGGGCAAUGCGACCGCGGUCUCCCAUCCUUGAGGCAAAGGACAUUCCUCCCCUGGAGCUUCCCAAGUCCUCUGAGGACCUCCUGGUUCCUACCUCACAGCUCCUCAAUGUGUCUGCUGUCUAUGAAGUCCUCCGCAACUUUGGCUCGGUGCUGCGGCUCUCCCCAUUCCGCUUUGAGGAUUUCUGCGCAGCAGUUGCCAGCCAGGAGCAGUGCACACUGCUGGCAGAAACCCACAUCUCCCUCCUCAAAGCUAUUCUCAGAGAGGAGGACACUUCCAACACCACGUUUGGUCCCACUGACGUGAAGGACUCUGUUAACUCCACCCUGUAUUUUGUGGAUGGUAUGACCUGGCCAGAGGUGGUGCGGGCAUACUGUGAGAGUGACCCGGAGUACCGGCACAUUCUACCUUUCCAGGAGAGUGAGGAUUACCCAUAUGAACCGUUGGAGAGCAAAAUCAAAGUUCUCCAGUUUUUGGUGGACCAGUUCCUGGCGACCAACAUUGCCCGGGAGGAGCUAAUGUCGGAAGGGGUGGUUGCAUAUGACGACCACUGCAGGGUAUGCCAUCGCCUUGGUGACCUGCUGUGCUGUGAGACAUGUUCAGCCGUUUACCAUCUUGAGUGUGUGAAGCCACCAUUGCAGGAAGUACCGGAGGACGAGUGGCAGUGUGAGGUGUGUGUGGCACACAAGGUACCCGGUGUGGCGGACUGCAUCCCAGAAGUGCAGAGAAGCAGACCAUUUAUUCGACAACUGCCAGUUGGCUAUGACCGACACCACCGCAAAUACUGGUUCCUUGACCGCCGCAUUGUCGUUGAGGAAGAUGGUGAGCAUGAGGACAAAGCCAUCUGGUACUACAGCACCAAGGUCCAGGUAGCUGAGCUCAUAGAUUGUUUGGAUAAGGAGUACUGGGAGUCCGACCUGUAUGCAGCGCUUGAGGAGAUAAGGGAUGAGGUGCACGCACAUAUGGACAUCACCGAGGACCUAACCAACAAGGCCCGUGGCAGCAACAAGUGUUUCCUCACUGCAGCCAAUGAGGAGAUCCUGGAGCGGUUGCGGGCUAAAAAGGAGGAGGAGCUGGAGGAGGUGAAGAAACGGGCUGCUGAGGAGGCCCAGAAAGCGCGGCUGGAGAAGGAGAAGAAGGAGGUGGAUGUGGAGAAGGAAGAUGAAGAAGCCAAGUUGAAGGAUGAGGGGCAGCAGGAGGGCAAGGUCAAAGCUCUGACAAAGGAGGAGGAGGAGACAAAAGAAGAGGCCACGGAAGAGAAAAGGGAUGGCAUCAAAACUGGAGUUGUUGAAGCUCCACCCACUGGCCAAGAAGGCAGUAGUGCCAGUAGCAUCUCAGAUGGACCUAUACUUCCAGCAACCUCUGCUUCAACACAAACCAUCCCCACUGCCGCGAGCUCUAGCCUGGCCACCGAGGCUCCAAAGACCACAGCCUCCACCGUAGAGGCUCUGAUAGAGGGAUGUUCCCAUAUGGAGGUCUCUAACAACACCAAAGCGGAAAACACAUCAUCAGAUUCUGUCCCUGUCAGUGGAGAUGGCAUCCUCAGCCUGAGCCAGCCUUCCCAGAUCAGCGAGGAGAACAGUAACAGCAGCAUGGGAGCUGUGGUCCCUCCCAGAGGACCUGAACCUCCAGACCUGGCUGACAAGUCCUCCCAGUCAUCCCUGGCCAGCUUUGAUGACACAGGGGACAGUAAAGACUUGGCCAACGGUGAGGCGACAGGUCUCAGUGGUAAGAAGUCUUCAGCGACUCGCAUGGUGACCCGGCUGAGGAACCCAGAGAGCAAACUUAGCCAGCUGAAGAACCAACAGGUGGCUGCUGCUGUUCACGAAGCCAACAAGGUCUUCAAAGAGGGCAAAGAGGUACUAGUUGUAAAUGCACAAGGUGACAUCACCCGUGUCAGCACACGCAGCAGCAAGGACGUGGUGAUGAAGGGGACACUCCAAUACUUCAAGCUUGGCCAGGAGGGGAAAUACCGCGUCUAUCAUAACCAGUACAGCUCCAAUGCCGUGGCCCUCAACAAGCACCAGCACAGAGAGGACCAUGACAAGAGGCGGCAUCUCUCCCACAAGUUCUGCAUGACACCAGCAGGAGAAUUCAAGUGGAAUGGGUCUAUUUAUGGCUCUAAGGUUCUAACCAUCUCCACACUGAGACUCACCAUCAUCCAGUUGGAGAACAAUGUUCCAGCACCGUUCAUGCACCCUAACUGGGCCUCACACAGGACUAAUUGGAUCAAAGCAGUUCAGAUGUGCAGUAAGGCCAGAGAGUUUGCGCUGGCUCUGGCCAUCUUGGAGUGUGCCAUCAAACCUGUGGCUAUGCUGCCUGUCUGGAAGGACUCACUGGGCCAUACAAGGUUAAACCGCAUGACAUCCAUGGAGCGUGAGGAGAAAGAGAAAGUGAAGAAGAGAGAGAAGAAGCUGGAGGAUGAGGAGACAAUGCAACAGGCCACCUGGGUCAAGUACACCUUUCCAAUUAAACACCAGGUGUGGAAGCAGAAAGGAGAAGAGUAUCGCGUUACGGGCUAUGGGGGCUGGAGUUGGAUCAGUAAGACUUAUGUACAGCGGUUUGUCCCCAGGCUUCCCGGCAACACCAACGCCAACUACCGCAAAGAACUGGAAGAUGCUAAACUUGGCAAGAAAUGUACCCUGCUGGACUUGAGUCGACGGCCCAGUGCAGCUGAACCAGAAGCUCAAGGAACUGCUGUCUUAAGCAGUGAGGCAAAAGAUCAAGACUCCUCUAGCCUCUCCAAGCCUGCAACAGAUCAUGUGAUGUCUGUUGAAGAUUUGGAGUCUAAUGAGAGGAUGGAAGAGGAAAAGAAAGAAGGGGUGCAUGAAAAAGAAAAGUCUGAUGAAUUGUCAGCAGAUGAAUCACCUGCAAAGAUGGAGGUGGACCCCACAGACUCAAGAUCAGAUGAAGAGCAAAGGUCCAGUAUUCAGGAGGAAAAGGCUUCCAUGAAAGAGGAGCCUACAGAGGGCCUUACACGACCCUUUAACUACGAUGUAGUGGAUGUCAGCAAGGGCUUCCUCACCCGCAUUGCCUACAAGAAGAAGGUCAGGUCCUCCAAGCUGGACAGCCUGCUGGAGCGACGAGUGAAGCAGCACAUCAUUGAAGAGAGGCAGAGGCAGCAGGUGUCUGCCUCCAAACCUCAGACUCCUACACCAGUUUCACCCCGCGCUCUGAACACUCCAGUCCGGCCAAGGUCACCACUGAAGCCCCAUACUCUCGCUCAGACACAGCUCGCACUGGGUGAAGCUGUGACAGUGGAGGAGAAAUCUUCCACAACACAAACUCCAGGGCCAGAAGAAGUUGGAGGACAAGAAGUUGAACGGGAGAGUCAGGUUGAACUCUCUAAGACUAUAAAUGUCACUCCUCCUUCUCCUGCUCCAGACUCUACACCCAAAGACAGUUGCAGUACAGGUAAAGGUGAAGAUUCAGCAUCACCACAAAACCAAAUCACCUCCAUGCCUGAGGAAUUGGAGGCAGACUUGGUGGAAAGGACUACUGGGUCAAAAGAAACUAAGUCAGACAGUUCAGGGCAAGAGGGUGUCAAACUGCCUAAUGUAGAAGAAACAGCAGGGGGAAUUCAUAGCUCUUUAGAGCAACAAACAGCCAGUGUACCAUCAGAUGUUACCAAGGCUUUACGUAUUGAAAAUACAGGGUCUGAGGUACUCGACUUGAACUUGGACUCUGUAAGGACAUCUACAAGUGUUCUUGACCAAAAAAGCAGUCAAAACACAUCUCCUUCUAAACUUAUUCAGCAAAACCCAGAAACUUUAAGCUCAGUGCAUUCAGGUACAGAGGAAAAUGGCAUGGGGCCAGAGGAGAACCAAGAAAAUAUGCAAGGCAUUGGACAAGGUAGAACCGAAGGCGAUAGCACUCCUGAGCCUGUUUGUCAUCUCCCUCAGGUAAAUGGUAAUGAUGGCUUGGGGAGUGAAAGCAUGUCGACUAACUCUAUUGUGAGCUCAGAUAAUGGCAUGCUUACCAACAGUCCGCAGCCCAAGGUGAACAGUGUUGGUAAAAUUGAAGAACAAGGGCUGGCUAGCUUGUUGAAGGGCAGCACACAGCAAAAGCCUUUAGUGAAUGGAGAUUUGGCCCCUGUAAAUGAUAGUACAGAGGUUGGGGGCAAGCAACCAAGCCUAGCUUCUAAGGUAGAGGUAGAGAGCAAGACAACGAUUUUGGACCAGGACUACAAACCUCCACUGAAGAUGAUGAGGCUGGAGAACAACAUAAAUGCACUUGGAGCUAAUACUCAGAGCACUCUACAGUAUAACAGCACAUCACCAUUUCAGUCUGCAGAGACCAAACCCAGUCCUGUGGUCAAGAUCAUCAGGAUGGCACCGUCUCCUAUACCUUCAGCUGAGGAGUCCAGUCUGAGCGACGACUUUGCAGAGGAGAAUAGUAACAGCGUGACGACAGACCCACUCAAGACCAUCAUCACCCAGGUAACCACAACCACCACCACAGUAGUUUCCACAGAGAUGAGGAUGGCCAAAUUGCUGUCGAAUACAUCUAGAGAGAUGACAACGCCUGUGGUGUCGACAACAGAAAGCAGUGCAGUGUCCACCCUUACUACCAUGACCAAAACAACUGUGACCAAAAUCUGUUCCUCCGGGCUUGAUGGUCAGUCAGAGGACAGCCAGAGUGAAAUAGUGACACAAGAACAGAAGACGGCGCUCUCAGCCUCCAUCAGUAAGUCCACAACUGACACAAGUGGUGAAACCUCAGUGUCAUCUGUUACUGUGAGCCAAGAGGACUAUUCUUCAACAAAGGGUCGCGUCCGCCUCCUCAAGUUCUCCCGCACCAAGAAGACACGCUCAGACACCGCCCUUCCUUCUUACCGCAAGUUUGUCACCAAGAGCAACCGCAAGAGUAUUUUUGUACUGCCACAUGAUGACAUUAAGGUGCUGGGGAGGCGAGGUGGAUUCCGUGAGGUGCCCAUAUUUAGCUACAAUGCCAAGCCAGCAUCGGAUAUCUGGCCAUAUCCCUCACCAAGGCCCACGUUUGGCAUCACCUGGAGGUAUCGCCUGCAGACGGUGAAGUCUCUGGCUGGUGUGAGCCUGAUGCUGAGACUCCUGUGGGCCUGUCUGAGAUGGGACGACAUGGCCGUCAAACCAUCCGCUGCUGUCGGCACCACACGUACAGAAACAUCAGAUACUGAAAUCACCACCACUGAGAUCAUCAAGCGCCGUGACGUGGGACCCUAUGGCAUUCGCUCAGAGUACUGCAUCCGCAAAAUCAUCUGCCCCCUUGGAGUGCCUGAGACUCCGAAAGAAACCCACACCCCUCAGAGGAAGGGGCUGCGCUCCAGCGCCUUGCGCCCCAAGAAGCCUGAGCCCGCCAAACAGACGGGCCCAGUGGUGAUCGAGACCUGGGUGGCUGAGGAGGAGCUGGACCUCUGGGAGAUCAGAGCCUUCUCAGAAAGGGUGGAGAAAGAGAAAGCCCAGGCAGCAGAGCAGGCCAAGAAACGCCUGGAGCAGAAGCCAGGAUCGGUCACAGCUACCCCAACGGGGACUCCCACAACACCUGCCGCCACGCCCAAAGUUAUUGUCGGUUCACUGUCAGGCCAGGGCACCCCCAGCACCAAGGUGGUACUGUCCACCAAGAUGGGCACCCCCGUCACAUUCCAGCAGAACAAGAACUUCCAGCAGUCGUUCGCCACCUGGGUCAAACAGGGUCAAAGCACACAAGGAGCGGGCACAGAGACCACCGUGGCCACGUCUGGUGGGCACACCUUCCAGAUUACGGGAACCUCAGUGGGUGGAAAGGUAGUGACCACCAAGCUGCCGCUGCCCGCCAACAGCAAGAUCGUCACAGUCAACGUGCCAACUUCACAAGGAGGUGUGGUUCAGCAGAAGGUGUUGGGUAUCAUCCCAUCCAACACAGCAGGCGGUGCUCAGACCUACACCACAUUCCAGCCCCGCACUACCACGCUCAACAUCAGGUCCAAUACCCCAGGCUCCCAGCAACAGGUGCUGGCAGCUGGUGGUCAGAUCCGUCCAGGGAUGACAGUGAUCCGAACACCCAUCCAGCAGACAGGACCAAUGGGAAAGACGAUACUCCGAACACCCCUCGUGGUCCAGCAAGGUCAGGGUGGACAACAAGUAGUGACGCAGUUCAUUCGUGGCCAGGCAGUUUCCACAGCAAUAUCUGGUGCCAGCCCUGUUGCCACGGUCACUGGCCAGGGGGCGGCCAGCCCCACCACAGCAGGACAGGCAGCAGGCCAAACACCACCCGGCACCCCACGGGCGCACGGGCAAGGCCAGGUUAAACUCACCCUGGCACAGCUCACCCAGCUCACACAGAAGCAGCAGGCUUCAGGUGUGGAUCGGCAGGCUGGUGUCAGUGGUACCCAACAGGCUCUGACGGUGAUGGUUCAGGGCCAGGGCCAGACCACCGGUCAGCUGCAGGUCAUACCUCAAGGGGUCACCGUCAUCCCAGGACCUGGUCAGCAGCUCAUGCAGGCAGCACUGCCCAAUGGCCAGGUGCAGCGCUUUCUCUUCACCCCCUUGGCCUCAGCUGCCACACCCACAUCAAACACAGCCACCACAGUUCCCGGCCAGCCCAACUCCACCUCCACCAAAACCCCAGCUCAGCCCGCCCAGCAGGCUGCCGCCCCCAUCCAGGCAGGGGCAACCCCCUUGGCCACCACCAGCACGCCUUCGUCAGCCACCCCACAGGGCCAGUUGCCCCCUCAGACGCAGGCUCACAUGCCCAUCCAGUCUCCCACCUCGCUGCAGGUGAAAACACAGGGAGGAACUGCCCAGCUGCAGCUGCAGCAGACACCUCAACUCAUCAGCAUGUCUGGAUUGCAGCAACAGGUGUUGGCCCAGCUGCAGGCCCAGCAGGGUGGAGGCUCUCUGCCACAGCACAUCAAACUGCAGCUUCCUAUCCAGAUCCAACAGACCGGGGCCACUUCAGCUCAGGGAGGACAGAUUGGGAACGUAGUGACCAUCCAGGCAGCUUCUGUCCAGGAGCAGCUGCAGAGGAUCCAGCAGCUAAGAGAACAGCAACAGCAGAAGAAGAGACAAGCCGCAGAGGCCAAGAGAGAACAAGCCCUCAACGCAGCCAGCCAGAGCGACAUCAUUCAGAAACAGGUGGUGAUGAAACAAAACGCUGUAAUCGAGCACCUGAAGCAGAAGAAGACCAUGACGCCUGCAGAGAGAGAAGAGAAUCAGAGGAUGAUUGUAUGCAACCAGGUUAUGAAGUACAUCUUGGACCGAAUAGACAAGGAUGAGAGGCAGGCAGCCAAGAGGAGGAAGAAGGAGGAGGUGGUGGAGGCAAAGAGGAGGUUGGCCAACGCCAGCAAGCUCUCCUCGCUCCUUUACCGGCACAAAGAGAGCCUCAAGAUGGAGAUCCUGAAAAAGCGGACACUUCUCGACAAGGAGCUGCAGCUAGAGGCCCAGGAGGAGCUAAAAAGGGAUCUGCUGCGGAUGCGGAGGGAGAAGGAGAGGGCUCAGGCUGCAGCCCACCAGGCUGCCCAGGCCGCUGCUGCCGCCGCCGCUGCCGCCCACAACAAGCAACAACAUACUCUAGCACACACGCAUGGCAUCACCUCUCAACACCACCUCACCACAACCGUCACCUCCACACACAAGAGGAAACGGGAGGAAGAGAGGGAGACUGUGACGUCAGCCAAGUCCAAGAAGAAGAAGAUGAUCUCGACAACGAGCACCAAGGAGAGCAAGAAAGACACUAAGCUCUACUGCAUCUGCAAGACGCCCUACGACGAGACCAAGUUUUACAUUGGCUGCGACCUGUGUACCAACUGGUAUCACGGAGACUGUGUGGGCAUCACAGAGAAGGAGGCCAAAAAGAUGGACGACUACAUCUGUAUGGAGUGUAAACGGGGCCAGGAAAGCAGCACAGAGGAGCUGUACUGCAUCUGUCAGACACCAUACGACGAGUCCCAGUUCUACAUCGGCUGUGACCGGUGCCAGAACUGGUACCACGGUCGCUGCGUGGGCAUCCUGCAGAGCGAGGCCAACCACAUCGACGAAUAUGUGUGCCCACAAUGUCAGUCGACAGAGGACGCCAUGACGGUCUUCACGCCGCUCACUGACAAGGACUACGAGGGCCUGCGGAGAACUCUGCGUUCCUUACAGGCACAUAAAAUGGCAUGGCCGUUCCUGGAGCCAGUGGACACAAAUGACGCCCCGGACUACUACAGGGUUAUCAAGGAACCAAUGGACCUUUCCACCAUGGAGGAGAGGUUACAGAAGCGCGAAUACGUCAAGCUGACGGAGUUUGUAGCGGACAUGACCAAAAUCUUCGACAACUGCCGCUACUACAACCCCAGUGACUCGCCCUUCUACCAGUGUGCCGAGGUUCUGGAGAACUUCUUUGUCCAGAAACUCAAAGGCUUCAAAGCCAGCAGAUUGUGAUGUCAAACUCCUGGGUGCCGGGGUCACUCUUAAAACAAAAAAAUAAUAAUUUGUUAUCCCAGAUGUUGCUGUUUUUACUUGUUUAAAACAGCAUUAAAAACUUUGUAAGAAAGUGCAUAUAUUAAGCCACACUGUAGGUGUGAUCCUUUUUUUAUUUUAGAAACAGUUUCUACUGUCUAAUAAUGGCAGCCAUGUUGGUAACACAAAGCAUUCAAGGGAAAAUGUAUUUUCUUACACUUCUUGCAACAAAUGACUGAUAUUUUGUUUAUGUUUGAGUUGGACAUAAGACAAAAUAUGAAGUUUUGCUUAGUUUGUUAUUCUCUUUCUUGAGAUUCAGUUUUGGGGAAAAAACAAAAAGCUAUUGAUUGUGAAAUCUGACUUAAGUUCCACACACACACACACACUCACACACGCAGAUAACUUAUCUUUUAUUUUGACAGAACUGUUGUUUAUCAUCUUGGUCAUAACAUGCUGCAGUGGAACAUUUUUACCUCAUUUCUUAGCCGAGAUUUUUUUUUUUUUUUUUUAAAAAGCAUGCAACAUUUAUUAGUUUCUUUUUAUUGGCUGUACCCAUGUAUAAUGUUAUUUCAUGUGCAUAUUAUAUCUUUUUGUGAAGGACUAUUUUUAUGUUCUAAAGGAAAUAAUGGUAGGAUCUGUAAAGAUAGAUUGGAGAAAAAUUUGGUUUAGCUUUCCUGUUCUAAAUAUGGCAAGCUCGACAGUCUCCAAUUUAAAAAUAAAUAAAGUCCUUGUAUAUACACUGUUGGGCCGACAUCACAUCAUACACUUCAAUAACAUUUCACCAACAUGGCUGCUCGGUCUCUUUCAAAGUGUCUGACCCACUGGCAUCCAAUAAAUGUUUUUGUUUUGUUUGUUUGUUGUUGUUUUUGUUUUGUUUUGUUUUUUUGUAUUUCCCCUAGUGCAUAUUUUUGUCAUAUUGUAAAGCUUUUAAUAAAAAAGGAAACGAUAAGAAGUUUUCCAACUGUUUUCUUCCUCCUCUCUUUGCCCGUCUCUGUAGGUCUCAUAACAACAAACUACAAUCAGCAGCCUCUUAGCUCCCUCCUAAAAUCCAGGUGUCAAAAAGACAAGCCUUGUGGUUUCCUCUGAAUGAUUAAGCCCCAUGGUCCAAGUCAGGCUCAGCUCACACUGGUGUGAAAGCACCCAACCUCCAACAGCUCCAUUGCAGUGCUAUCCAAAGUGUCAUUGGGGACAUAAUGGCAGACAAGUCCCACCUUCAGACCAGUGGCAGGGCGGCCCUGGACUCUGCUUGGGAGCCUGUUUUAUUCCCACCAGUGCAUCCCAUCCAUGAGAAGAAAGAUCCAGAUGGGAAAACGCAGAUGAAGUUGAUAAAGUUGGCUUGUUGGAUGUUCAGUGGCAGUCUGAUCUCACAGCAAAAGCAGACUCUGAGCUGUGUUCAUCCUGUAGCUGAUCACUAUUUUUGUGUAUCCUAUAUAGCAAAGUGUCAGCUUUGAUCUUCCCACCCAGAGGUGCAACUUUCAUUUCAUCCUGUCACAUUUUUAUGACACAAACAUCCCAUUGAAGCCAAAUGAAAACUGAAAUGCCCGGUUUCUGCUUCACAUGUGGCUAAAUGCUGAAGCUACAGGCAUCACAUCCAUGUACAGUACCUUGCAGUUAAUUCUUGUCAUAUUUAACGGCUAUAAGCCUAAAAGCAGCCUUUUAUUGGUGCUGUAGGAACCAGCGUUGCUUUUUGUCCCUCACCAGAAAAAAUAACCCCAUUGAAACCAAUUAGUUUUCAGAUCCGCUUUGUUCAGCCAAUGUCAGGCACAGUGUCACCUUCCAUGUUUCACACCUAACUCCACUGCACCCAGUUAUUUUGACUAUACCCUCAGGUGUGUAGCCCUGCACGAAGCAUGAACCAUCCUCAUAAAAUCCACUUGGUGGCACAUCAAUUCCGAAUGUGUCUGACGUGAUACAUUUCCCUGUACGUUCCCUAUCACCUGAUGCUGAGAUUCUCCAUUUGUAAUAGAAGCUAGAUUUCUGAAAUAUAGUCAAGAGAUGAAUUUGUCUGUCAGAAUAACAUCACCACAUAUGGCGUUGUAGUCCCUCAUUCGUCCAGGAGUGUUCUAUCGUAGAAAAGGUUUCAGUCGUAGUCAUCUGGACACUGUUUUCAGAAUCAAGACAUUUCGGCUCUCAUCCGGAAGUCAUUCUCAAUUGAGAAGUCAUUCUCGAACGCCUUGAUUCUGAAAACAGUGUCCAGAUGACUACGACUGAAACCCUUUCUACGAUCACCACAUAUCGGCGUAGACAGCCGUCACUCAAGUAAUUCAAGGGGUCUUCAUUUUGUCUGAGGGCUGUGUUACUUUCAAGUUCAUUUCCAGAGGGGAAACACCCAGGACAGGCCAUCCCUCCCACCACAUCCUGCCCCUCCUCUGACCUUUUUUCCAUUUUGUGUUCUUCUAAAAUGCAAGUGAAGAAUGUUAACCAGCUCUGUGAUCCUUUAAACUUGACCUUUCUGAAGGAGGUCGAGGACAAGAAGCGAGGAAAUGAGACUGUUAGGCCGUCAGGGAAGGUGAAACUUGUACAAGGCUUAACUAACCCACAUGUACUGUACCUCCCUCCAUACAUGCACUGUCUCGUCAAAGCUCUGUUUCUGUCAAUGGCUGAGUCUGUAAGUCUCUCUCCCCUUAUCUUCUUCCAGCAUACUUUAUUGAAGUUGACAGGUUGGCUCACAUAUGUCUCUCAACUCACCCUCAAAGCAUGGUUAAGUAAUUAGAUAAUGGACUUUUCCACUCAGCAUCAACUCAGUUAUGUUGCGGUCUGCGGCAGCAUGUCUGGGAGUAAACUUUGAGUAGGGACUGGGGAGUCUUUGUACCGUGGGGUUUGUAUGAAAAUUUUAUAGCUGCAUUUUUAGCAUAUUUGGGAACAUUUUUGUAAUCUGUUAUUGUCAGUCUUUGUAGGAUGGGAGUAGUCAUAAGACCAAUACAGUUGUCUUUAAGUUGUCAAAAACAGUAAAAAUUAAGCAAAUGUUUCAAUCAUAAAAUUUUUGUGUAUAAGCAGAGUUGAGAGAUAAUGUAGCUUCUGUCCUCUUUUCUGUUUGUGUCUUUCACACAAAUGUCUAUCACUUUGUAAAAUGAUGAUGAUGUGUUUCAUCCACUGUUUGUAAUCUUUAUUGUAUAUUAUGGCUGUCCAAAUAUGUAGAGAUAAAAGAUUUUUAGAGCAGUAGAAACUUUUAUUUUUCACUCUUUGAACCAGCAACUAAGCCCGCCUGUAUAUUUUAACUGUCUAUUUUUUUUCUCUUUAAUUGAAGUGAACUCUGCUUUUAGGUGAAAUUGACCUUUAUAUUAAAAGUGCUGCAUAUUGUGAGCAUAAAGGUGUUGAAUGGGGUAGAGGGACACCGUAUACUCUUGUAAAGAGUUUUUCUUUUUUUUGUAAGAAACCAACCAGUUCAACAUAACUUCUAUAUUGACAUUGCAUUUCUUGUAUUAUUUAUUCAUAUCGAUGAAAAGUUCUCAGUUUUUUUUUAGUAAUGUUGAAGAAACGUUAACUGCAGAUAAAAAAAAGUACUCUAUGUUUUUAACAGAUUGUGGCAACUCCGAAGAGAUUCUCUUUUGUACUUGAUAGGACAUUUCAUCCUAGGUAAUAAAGUAAUCUUUUUGACACCA